GUUAUCGGAGAAUAAGAACGAAGAAGAGGGGGAGGAUAAAGGGAUAGAGGUAAUGGAUGAGGAAGAAGGCGAGAUGGAGGAAGAUAAAAAGCCUAAACUGGGCUGGGCUAAUCUCCCGGACGUGUGUCUGCGGCAGGUGUUCUGGUGGCUUCGUGACCGCGACCGUGUCAAGGCGGCCCUAGUGUGUCGCCAUUGGCACCACGUUAUGCGCUCGCCCUCCCUCUGGAGGGUUCGAAACUUCAACUUCUCCGGCCGCAUCUCCAGGACCCGCCGUUCGGCGCUGGAGACGGCCGUGUGCUACGCCAAGACCUACGGCGCUUACCUGGAGGAUCUGGAGAUCCGCUUCUCCCACCCCCUCAACUCUCUGGUGGCCCGGCGCUUCCAGCAGACGCUGAGGUCCUUCCUCGCCGCGCUGCGUAAAACCGGCGGCCGACUACGCCGCCUAACUGUCAACCACAUGGCGCUGGACCGCGCCGCCUGGUGCCGAAGUGUACGCAACUCUCUGGUGCGCAGCCUCGCCUUCUACCUGCGCCGUGAGGGCUCCCGCCUUGGCUACUUGAGCCUGCGGGGGGCCCGCCUCAACCUGCCCCAGGGCCUGGAGGUACUGGAAGCUGUGGCUGCAGCUCAGCAGCACAUCCACCUGGGCCGCCGGCCCGGCAUCACCCACCUCAACCUGGAGGACUUCUUCUCACAGCCGUUGGCAGUCUUCGUCAGCCCCGCCUUCCCCCAGGUCAUGAACCGCUUCCAGGGCCUCUGCACCCUGACCCUUAACUACAGCUGCCUGUCAGACGAGCUGCUGGCGGCCCUGUCCGCGGCGUGUAGUAGCCUGGGCGGGGGAGGGUCCCUGCAGACGUUCACCGUACGAUGCCAUAUCCACGAGCCCCACAUCCAGGUGGUCUGGGGGGAUGCCUGGUCCCAUCUGGCUCACCAUUGUCCCGACCUUCGGGUGCAGAUCACAGUGGAGCGGAUCCUCGACGUGGACAAGCUGGGGAGGAUUCUGCUCAGAGAGAUCCCGCUGCGCUUGCUCAGUCUCACCAGCUGCUACUUCAGUGAACAGGACUGGAGUGCCAAGCCUGCCCUUACCAGCCUUGUGCCCUGCUACAGGAGCUGUUUACAGAAAUUGACCCUGGACCUGAACAACAGCCACGAGUCUGUGGACGAGGAGCUGCUGGAGGUGGUGCUGCUGUGCAGCCGGCUGGUCUACCUGAAGAUCUGGGCCUUUCUGGACAUCAGCUUCCUGGACCGGCUGCUGCAGAAACGCCUGGAAAAGAAGACCAUCCUCAGGACCAUCAAGGUGCGCAUCUACACCAACAAAUAUGAGACUCAGGAUGAGGAUGGGCAGCUGGAGGAGGUGUACUCUCGCUACAGACAACUCAUCAACUCAGAGCUCCACUACCUCGCCAUCUCCUACCCCAUGCUCUGA